AUCCACAUCUCAUUCCCAAUCAUAUCCAACUCAAAAGCUUUGUUGAUUUACAAUGGCCAUUCUUAGCUAUGCAGCAAUAAUUGCAGCACUCCUCUGUUUUCUAUACAUCUUUCAUAGAAAACAAUGUUGCAGAUACCCCCUCUUGGUAGAUUACCCUCUCCUUGGCAUGUUACCCCCACUUCUCUGGAAUCUGUGGAGGGUUCACGAUUUCGUAACCGACAUACUGAAAAUCCAUGGAGGAACUGGAGAAUUCACUGGACCAUGGUUCACCAAAAUGGACUUCAUGCUCACUAGUGACCCAACCAACGUGCACCACAUGAUGAGCAAGAGUUUUGAUAACUAUGUGAAGGGACCUGAGUUUCGUGAAAUUUUUGAAGCUUUUGGACAUGGAAUUUUCACUGCUGAUUCAGAGAUAUGGAAAUACAACAGGUCUCUGUUCCACACCCUGUUCAAGAACAGAAACUUUGAGGCGCUUCAAGAGAGAGUCGUUCAGAAGAAGGUGCAGAGUACUCUGCUUCCAAUUCUGAGCCAUGUGCAGAAACAGGGGACAGAGGUGGAUCUGCAAGAUGUGUUUAAUCGGUUCACGUUUGAUAACAUAUGUUCCAUCGUUCUAGGAUGUGAUCCUAAUUGUCUUUCAAUUGAUUUCCCUGAUGUUGCAUGUGAGAAGGCUUUCAAUGAAAUAGAAGAGUGCAUCUUCUACAGACACACCCUGCCAAAAUGUGUUUGGAAGUUGCAAAAAUGGUUUCAAAUUGGUGAAGAGAAGAAGAUGAGUGAAGCAUGUACAACCUUCAAUCAAUUCAUCCUUGAACGCAUAGCUUCCAAGAGAAAAGAGCUAAGUGAAAAUGAAAGGGACACUCAUGAUUUUCUAACAAUUUUGAUGAGAGAAGAGAAGGGACAAGUGGUGCAUGAUGACAAGUUUUUGAGAGAUGCAAUAUUCAACCUUUUUGUGGCAGGGAGAGACACUAUAACUUCAGCUCUCACUUGGUUCUUUUGGGUUGUUGCUACAAACCCAUCAGUGGAAGCCAAGAUUCUUGAAGAACUCAAAGAUAAUAACUUUGUGGAGAAUGAAAAGAUGCUAGGAGUGGAGGAUGUGAAAAAGCUUGUUUAUCUCCAUGGUGUUAUAUGUGAGUCUUUGAGGCUCUUUCCACCAAUUCCUUUUGAGAGGAAACAAGCAAUUGAAUCUGAUGUGUUUCCUAGUGGGCAUCAUGUUAAUGCUAAUGCAAUGAUUUUGAUUCCUUUGUAUACAAUGGGGAGAUCUGAAGAUGUGUGGGGGAAAGAUUGCUUGGAGUUCAAGCCAGAGAGAUGGGUUUCUGAGAGAGGAAGCAUUGUUCAUGCACCAUCUUACAAGUUCAUUAGUUUCAAUGCAGGGCCAAGAACUUGUUUGGGGAAGGACUUGUCCUUCAUUCAAUUGAAGAUCAUUGCUACUGCUGUUUUGAGAAACUAUCGUGUUCAUCCGGUGGAAGGUCAUGCUGCUAUUCCAAACUUUUCGAUUGUGCUUCUUAUGCAAGAUGGUUUGAAGGUUAGGAUAACAAAGAGAGAGAAUUGAUCGAAGAAUUCCCAGUUUUAGAAGUAUUAAAGUUGUGAAAAUGAUUCUCAAGCGUAUGUUUCUACUAGACAUUCAAUAGACAUAUGUGUUAGCAGCCGUUUUUUAUGCCACUUUUGUUUACGACAAUAAAUACUAAAAAUCGGUGUUACAAUGUAUGUUGAUUAAAUGUAUAAUAAAAAUGAAAUGUUUACAUAUAA